AUGACACCAGCUCCAACGACGGCUAUUCCAGCCCAUACCCCAAUCACACAACCACCAAAAGCUGCAAACAGUUCAUUAUCUGAUGUAGCUCCUGAAGUGUUGGCCACAGUUCGCUGUUUAGCAGCAGACCUUGUACAACAAUUCAAUGGUGGUCAUCCAGGAACUGCCAUGGGUGCGGCUGCUAUUGGACUUGCACUGUGGGGAGAUGUUAUGCGCUUUAAUCCAAAGAAUGCAAAUUGGUUAGAUCGUGAUAGAUUCGUUCUUUCUGCAGGUCAUGCUUGCUUGUUGCAGUAUAUCUACAUGCACCUUUGUGGUUAUCCAACAUGGACUAUGGACAUGUUGAAACGAUACCAUAGUCGUGAUUUUAUUGGCUCGCAAUCAGCUGGCCAUCCCGAAAUUGAAUUCGAAGGUGUAGAGGUUACCACUGGCCCUCUCGGUCAAGGUGUCGCAAAUGCUGUAGGUUUGGCAAUGGCAAGUAAGCAUUUUGCCGCUCGCUACAACAAAGAUGACUGCAAGGUUGUCAACAACAAGAUUUGGUGUAUGACAGGGGAUGGCUGCAUUCAAGAAGGAAUAGGCUGCGAAGCACUUUCCAUGGCCGGUCACUUGGGUUUAGAUAAUUUGAUCUUGAUUUAUGACAACAACCGUGUCACAGUUGAUGGAAAUAUUGACAUCUGUUUCACUGAGGAUACAUCUGCCAAAGUACGUGCAAUGGGAUGGGAAGUGAUUGAAGUGAAAGAUGAUGCAACAAAUGAUGUUCAAGCAAUCUUGGCUGCAUUACGUAAAGCAAGAGAUUCACCAUCUGGCAGACCCGUCUUCAUUAACAUUUGGACAACAAUCGGCUUUGCUUCUCAAAAUCAAGGUUUGGCACCCACUCACGGUGCAGCCUUGGGAGAAGAAGAUGUUGAACACGUUAAACGAUUCCACAAACGUGACGAGAAGGCAAAAUAUGUUGUUUCCGAUGAAGUCUACAAUGCAUUCGAUUCGGUCAAAUCUCGUGGGAAGAACUACGAGCAAGUCUGGAAUGAAACAAUGUCAAACUAUUCACAAAAGUAUCCCGAGCUUGCCGCUGAAUUCAAGCAGCAAUUCUCUGGACAACUAGAUAGCAAGAUCAGUGCAAAUCUCUUGCCUACCAAAGACAAAUUGCCAACAUCCGCCAUCCCCACGAGAAAAGCAUCUGGAAUUGCAGUUCAGGCAUUAGCUCCAAAGAUGCCACAAAUCUUGGCAGGUUCAGCAGAUUUGUCUGGCUCGACAUUUGUUACGUGGAAAGAGAUGGAAGACUUCCAACCUCCAGUUACUGGACAUGGCUCUUAUGCCGGUAGACAAAUCCGAUAUGGUAUUCGUGAACAUGCAAUGGCCGCAAUCGCAAACGGUCUAGCAGCUUACAAUCCAAACGCAAUCGUUCCGGUUAUUUCAACAUUCUUUAUGUUCUUCUUGUAUGCUGCACCCGCAAUCCGAAUGUCAGCUUUACAAGGUUUGCGAUUCAUCGGAAUUGCAACACAUGACAGUAUCGGAAUUGGUGAAGAUGGUCCAACCCAUCAACCUAUCGGAUUGGCAAGCUUAUUCCGUGCAAUUCCAAACUUGAACUUCUUCCGUCCUGCAGAUGCAGAAGAGGUAAUGGGUGCUUGGCAAUUCGGAAUGGAAGAAAAGAAUCAACAUACUCCUACAAUCUUGUCGUUAAGCAGACAAAAUGUUCCUCUUCUCCCAAACUCAUCUCGCGAAGGUGUUUACAGGGGUGCUUAUAUUGUCAAGACUGUAGGAUCUUCGGCAAGUAACAAUGGUCUCGCCUCACUCACAUUGGUUGCAACAGGAGGUGAAGUUUCACGAGCAGUAGAAGCAGCCGAUGAAUUAUCACGUUUGAUUCCCGAUUUGGCCAUCAAUGUUGUUUCUAUGCCAAACCAACGCUUGUUCGAUCAACAGUCAAAGGAAUACCGUCAAUCCGUUUUACCAUUGCAUAAUGGCUUGGUUGUUGCUAUUGAAGCUUGGUCUUCUUAUGGCUGGGCACGUUAUUCGCAUGCUGCCAUGUGCAUGCAUACAUUCGGCCUUUCUGGACCCCAAGCUGAUCUAUUUGAACAUUUCGGAUUCGGAAUCAAGAGUAUCGUCAGUCACAUUCAUGAUUACUACCAAAAGCGUAUCAAACUACAAUCACCAGUUCCGUGCGCAGGUGAUUUUGAAGAGUUGCUCUUGGAUGUGGCCGCUACUGCUCAUGCUCACUAA